AUGGAAGAACUAGACAUAGACCUCAAGAUCCCUGACCCGUUACGAGCCGAUUGGUUCAUGGUUCUUGUCGACAUCCAAGCCGAUCUCAUCUACAACGCACUCGUGGUCUUAACCUCACCUCUCUUCCUCCUCUACCGCUCAUACCGCCGCGCAGCAGCUACCAUCUCCGCAGCAGAAAAGACGGUUAAACAUGCUCCAUCAAGGAUCAAGGGUGGUGCCGCGAGAGUUGUUAGGAGGACGUGGUUUGGUGUAAUGGGCGCAUGCCACGUGUCGGCAAUCAUGGUGGUGGCGAUAAUUUUGGCGGUUGUGUUCGGUGUUGGUAUUGUGAGUUUGUAUGUAGAAAAACCUGUGGUUCUGAGAGAAAGAUUGUUUUUUGAUUACACUGAAGAUACCCCAAGUGCGGUUUUUAGUUUCGACAAGAAGAAGAGACCGUUUGGUGUUCCCCUUGGACAUAAGGUUCAUGUCUCUUUAGUUCUGUGGAUGCCUGAAUCUGAGCUCAACCGACGAAUUGGAUUAUUUCAGUUGAAGGUAGAGCUUCUAUCACUGAAAGGCGAGAUAAUAGCAAGAUCAAGCCAACCUUGCAUGUUACGGUUCAGAAGCAAACCCAUAAGACUUGCACGAACGUUUGUGAUGAGUGUUCCACUUGUUGCUGGUAUCGCAAACGAAGCACAAACAAUGAGAAUAGAUGCCUUAACACACCAAGAGAAAUGGCCAAGAACAAGAGCCGUGAGAGCGACUCUGAUCCCACGUGCACAGACUCGGUUACUACCUCAGUUAUAUGAAGCUGAGAUUGUUAUAAACUCGAGACCGCCAUGGACCAAACGAAUGGCUUAUAAUUGGAGAUGGACUCUUUGCGUCUGGACUUCAAUGUAUCUUUAUGUCCCUAUUCUAGUCACCCUUCUAUGGUGUUUUAGACCGUUCUUGUUCCCUAACGUUACUUCAAGAAUCGUAGUGGAAAGCCAAAACUCAGAGAUGGAAGUGGUCGAAGAAGAAGUAGGGGGAAGAACAUUGAGGGAAAGAAGAAACAAGCCUCGUCGACGAACUUUCACUACGAGACAAGAAACUUAUGUAUAG